UGCUAGCCCACUCAUAAUCCCGAGUAAUUAAAAUGCAGAGAUAUAAAUAAAUGCAACGUUGCCUGCGUCGUUCUCUAAAUCGUUGAGAAUACGGAAGGCGAGCAUGAAUCAGCUCGGCCUUACUACACAGCCUUAUUUCUAUGCGGAGACGUUCGUUCUCAGAGACAUCGUCGUCAGUUUCGCGCGUGCACAUUCGAUUCGAAUACUUCCAACCAACGUUUGCCAUUUAACAAGUACAUCUCAAAGAAACUGUUUACAAACACGGAGUUUAAAUAUUUUAAUCUUAUCAUCACGAGAUAUAGAAAGUUAGCAGACGUACAACAGGAGGCGCACGGUUCGUGCCAGUGAUUCCAGUAGUUGAGCCGAAAAGGCUGAAGUUCGGGUGCGAAGCAAAGAGGUCUCCUCCAAUCCCCUACUACGAACAUCAUCAAUAGUCGGUGAAUGUGAGCAAGUUCGAGCGGCUCCGACCAACAUGGCAAGUUUUAGAACGGUUUACGCUUUCGCCAGAGAAAUGCACCCGAAAACAGAGAAGGCCGAUAUUCAAUAUGGAACUGCAGGAUUUAGAACCAAGGCAAGCAAACUGGGAUAUGUCAUGUACCGGAUGGGAUUGCUGGCAGUACUUAGGGCUCGAUACAAGAAAGCUGUGAUUGGUGUUAUGAUUACCGCUUCCCACAACCCUGAACCUGAUAAUGGUGUGAAACUGGUAGAUCCACAUGGCGAGAUGCUGGAGCAGAGCUGGGAGAAAUGGGCAACGAAAUUCGCCAAUGUUGGUGAUGAUCAAUUGGAGGACGUGAUCAAGGAAAUCGUCAAUGAGUUCAACAUUGACAUGACAAAUAGGGUAGAGAUUUUCAUAGGAAAAGAUACAAGGCCGAGCAGUCCAAGUUUGGCAAAGUCAUUGAUGGACGGUGUUUUGGCCUUGUCUGGUAAGCCAGUUGACUUUGGCAUUGUCACCACUCCGCAGUUACAUUACUUUGUCACCUGCAAGAACACGAGGCACGCUUAUGGUGUUCCCACCGAGGUGGGAUACUACAUCAAACUAGUGACUGCCUUUAAGAAGCUCAGGGGCGAGGAAUACAAUAAAGGAAAUUACAAGAAUCUGAUAUUCUACGAUGGAGCUAAUGGAGUAGGAUCUAAGAAAAUAAAAAUAUUCCAGGAGCAACUGGGAGAGUGCCUUAAUGUGCGUCAUUUCAACGAUGCUGGCAUCGGAACAGGCAAAUUGAAUUUUAUGUGCGGAGCCGAUUAUGUUAAAUCGACGCAAUCGUUCCCAACUGGUGUUCCGGUGGAGAAGAACAGGAGGUGCGCGUCAGUGGAUGGAGAUGCUGACAGAAUAGUAUACUAUUACGUGGACGAUGAGGAGAACUUCCAUUUGAUGGAUGGUGAUAGAAUUGCAACGCUGAUCGCAAGCUAUCUUAAGGAAUUGUUACAAAAGACUGGGAUUGAUCUCAACUUAGGCUUAAUUCAAACUGCAUACGCCAACGGCGCAUCUACUGAGUACAUCACGAAGCAACUUAAAGUACCUGUCGCCUGCGUCUCAACCGGCGUGAAGCACUUGCAUCACAAAGCUUUGGAGUACGAUAUCGGUGUGUACUUCGAAGCUAACGGUCAUGGAACUGUCGUCUUCAGCCAGGCGGCUAAAGACAAGCUGAAGGAGGCGCUGAAGAGCGAAGAUAAAUCGGAGACUGAGAAGAAGGCGAUCGAAAGGUUCCUGACUCUUAUCGAUGUUAUUAAUGAGACCGUUGGUGAUGCCAUAUCCGAUAUGCUUCUAGUCGAAACCAUACUGCACGAUAAAGGAUGGGACGUGAAGGACUGGGAAGCAGCAUACACCGAUCUGCCAAAUAAAUUGGUGAAAGUCGUAGUUGAGGAUAGAAAUGUUAUUACCACAACAAAUGCGGAGAGGAUUUGCACGAGUCCGAACGGUCUGCAAGAUGAAAUAAAUUCUUUGGUAGCUAAAUAUAGCAAGGGUAGAUCAUUCGUGAGACCCUCGGGUACGGAGGAUAUAGUUAGGGUAUAUGCUGAGGCAGCUACCAAGGAAGAUACGGAUCGUUUGGCGGCGGAGGUGGCGAAGAAAGUGUACGAUAUGGCAGGAGGAACCGGCCCUGCGCCAGUCAUACCACAAUAGAGAGCGACAGUAACUUACACAUUACCUCUGAAUUUGUGAUCGCGCGCAUUUUUUUUUACAUAUAUAUAUUUGAUACAUUCCUCAACGAAGAAACAAACAAUUGCCAUUUCUAUACAACUAUGAUACUAAUAAAUUCAUUGCCGUAGAUUUUAGGUGAUGGUGAACCACGUUUUUUAACACUUGACAAUUUUUACUGCCUUUUUACCAUGGUGCAAUAAUAUGUAAGUCGUCCGUGAAUUAUCCUCAAACGGUUUUAUAUGUAUACCUAUGUUUUCUAUUAUAAACUUAUUUAUUGCUUUUAAAAGUUAAUAUAUAGGAGAAAAUGUUAU